UUGCGGUGUCAACUGAAAGUUUCCUCGCUUUUGUUAUUAUUUUUGGAUUCGCAAUUAAUUGGACAGAUGAUGGAUGUUAACACUACCCAACAGACAUUGAAAUACACGUCUGAUACAUCUUCCUUGCUCACAUGGGAUCAGAGAAAGUUUUAUGAGAACAAUGGAUAUUUGCUGGUCAAAAAUUUGGUGUCUCUGGAAAAACUUGCUCGAUAUGAGGACAGAUUUCAAAGGGUAUGCCUUGGAGAAGUACCUAGCCAAGAAAUGGACAUUAUGUAUGAUGUUGCUAUAGAAAGGUCAGAAUACAUUCCAGGAAAGAAAGCAAUUGCCAAAAUCCAAGGUUUCCAGUCAGAUGAAGUAUUCUUUGAAUAUUGUUGUUUGCCAGAGGUGUUAGACUAUGUGGAAAGCAUUAUUGGUUCAAAUAUCAUGGCAAUGCAUACCAUGUUCAUCAAUAAACCACCAGAUUCAGGCAUGAAAACAUCACGUCAUCCUAUGCACCAGGAUUUACAUUAUUUCCCCUUCAGACCUUCCCACAAAAUUGUAUGUUCUUGGACCCCAUUGGUGAAGGUAAAUCAAGAAAAUGGCUGCUUGGUGGUUGUUCCAGGAUCCCAUGUAAGACCCUUGCAACCUCAUGGCUAUCCAAAUUGGAAUGGAGCAGUUAAUAAAUUAUACCAUGGUAUUUUGAAUUAUACUGGAGAUGAAAGCCAUGUAUACUUGGACAUGGAACCUGGAGAUACUGUAUUCUUCCACCCACUUCUUUACCAUGGUUCCGGUAUGAAUAGGACUAAUAUAUUCCGAAAGUCUAUCAGUUGUCAUUAUGCAAGUGCAGAUUGCAGUUAUGUGGACAUUAAAGGAACAACCCAGGAAAAUAUUGCAGAAGAAGUGGCUGAAAUUGCCAAGAAGAAGAUUACCAAACUCUUUGGAAGUCUUGAAGGAUUUGAAAACAUUUCUCUUGAGGACACUUGGCGAAUUCGAGCCAGAUUGGUACGUGGCGUCUCAUCCAGUCUUACGGUGCGAUUCAACCUUGAUGUUUCCUCCAGAAAGAUUGGGCUGUUUCGAAAACUUACCAUCAUGUGGCAUCAGUUGCUUCAUUCCUGCAAAAAACUAAUCAACAGAUUCAUACAUUUGACACCCUUAAUGUCUCCUUCUCUUGCUCCUCUCACUUCCUUGUCAAUUGCUUGCUACCGAUGGAAACCUCUUUUCCUUCAUUACCGUCCUUUCAGCAUACAUCGUCUUCCAAACCCAGUUUCACCCGUUUUCCUCCAAGCAGACAAAUAUUUAGAGCGACUUGCAAUUGUUGAUCAACAUGGACAUUAUUCAUACAGUGACUUGCUUCAUUACAGUGCUGCCUUAUCAGAGAAAAUAACAUCUACAUGCAUACAUGGCAACACAAACCAAAGCCUAAAUGGACAACAGAUUGCCUUCCUUUGUGAAAAUGACAUGUCAUAUGUUGUGACACAGUGGGCCACAUGGAUGUCGGGGGCUGUUGCAGUUCCUCUCUGCAAGACUCACCCAAUCAGAGAACUUUGCUAUUUUGUCAAAGACUCACAAUCGUCACUGUUAGUAGUGACUGAGGAAUUUAGUAAAGUUGGAGAAGAGGUUUUACGAGAAGUUGGUGUACCAAUUUUAGUUAUAAAGGAGCAGGACUACAAAUCUGAUUAUGAUAAAUCUAAAAACUAUUGGCUGACUCAGUUUCAAGAAAGGAGGAAAAUGUUUGAUAAAAUGCUUACUUUGAAUGAGUUUAGAGAGAAGCCAGCCACAAUUAUAUAUACCAGUGGAACAACAGGGACACCAAAGGGUGUGGUUGUUAGUCAUGGCAAUUUGUAUGCGCAAAUAGAAGCUAUGAUUUUAGCUUGGGGAUGGACUUCUCGGGAUGUAAUUCUUCAUGUAUUACCUUUGCAUCAUAUUCAUGGAAUUGUCAAUGUGCUAAUGGCACCUUUGCACUGUGGUGCUACUUGUGUCAUGCUGACAAAAUUUGAUCCUCAUAUAAUUUGGGCUAAAUUGCUGAACCCUGUUGGUGUAAAUGGUGGAUUGAGAAUCAAUGUUUUCAUGGCUGUACCAACAAUUUAUGCUAAACUAAUUGAAGCCUUUGAUUCCAGAGGACAAACAAACAAUUAUAUGAGGAAUUUUGUGAAGACAACUUGCAAGAAUCGUAUCAGAUUAAUGGUGAGUGGUUCAGCCUCUUUGCCACAACCAAUCAUGGAACGUUGGGAAGAAAUUACAGGCCAUAAGCUAUUGGAACGCUAUGGAAUGUCAGAGAUUGGCAUGGCACUAACAAAUCCUUUGAAUGGACCUAGAAUCCCAGGUGCAGUUGGGCGACCAAUGCCUUGGGUAGAUGUUUGUAUUGCAAAAGCAAAUGUCUAUGCCAAAUAUGGAUACAAUGUGAUUGCCCAAGGGAAUAGCAGUUAUACUCAAAUUACACCUGGUAUGGAAGGUGAGCAAGGAGAGUUAUUUGUUCGGGGACCCAAUGUCUUCAAAGAAUACUUCCAAAGACCAGAUUCUACUAAGAAAGCUUUCACUGAAGAUGGUUGGUUUAAAACAGGAGACACAGCCCUUUAUGAAAAUGGAGUUUAUCGUAUAAUGGGUCGGACUUCAGUAGACAUCAUUAAAAGUGGUGGAUACAAGAUAAGUGCCCUACAUAUUGAACGCCACUUGUUGGCCCACCCAGAGAUUAUAGAUUGUGCAGUGGUGGGACUUCCAGAUAUUACAUGGGGUCAACGUAUUGCUGCUGUUGUUAUACUAAAGAAUGAUGCUACAAAAAUGCCUCUGGAGAAAUUAAAGAAGUGGGCUGAAGACCGUUUGCCAUCAUAUCAGAUCCCAACAGUUCUAAAGCAACUCAAAGUUAUGCCACGAAAUACCAUGGGAAAAGUGAACAAAAAAGAAAUUUUAACAAAUAUCUUUCCAGAAUAUGUACAAUUAUAUAAAAGUCUGUGA